AUGCGCAUUGCUCUUGACCUCUACGGGCGGGCUCCCGGCGAUCAAAAUACGUACUUUACCGGACGAAUAGGCCCGGUCGAUGCUGUCAUUGUUCGUCUUUCGGAGAUGGGCAAAGUCAUCGCCGCCAGCACCGCAGCGAGUCUUCGGUCGAGCUUUCCAAACCUUGAGCUUGCUGUUGUCCUGACGGGCAUCUGCGGCGGAGUGCCCCAUGCGGAGGCAAAUGGAAUUGUGCUUGGAGACGUGAUACUCGCCAGGAGAGUAGUCCAGUACGAUCUCGGACGUGAGUAUCACGAUGGAUUUGUGGCAAAAACUACCGUGGAUGAGGGUCUUGUUCUUAUUACAAAUAUCGAGGAACGCACAGUAGCCCAUCUCCGAAAGCUACAAAACAAGCCUGUUCCGAAGUCAUGCUCAGCCACAUACCAGUAUCCUGGCAUUGAGGAAGAUAAAUUAUUUGGGCCAACCCAUUUACACAAACACCAGUCUGGUUGCGAGGGCUGCCAGCAUCCAGACAAGUCUUGCGACAAGGCACGCAACCAGACUUGUAAAGAUCUUCAGUGUCAUCUUCAUGGUCAACUAGUGCAGCGGGCUCGCCUCGACAUCCAUGGGAAAGAACAUGGCUCGGCGCCUAUGAAUCCCAGUGUAUUCUUUGGUUGCAUUGGCUCGGGUGAUAAAGUGAUAAAAUCCGGCCAACUCCGAGACAUUAUAGCCGAGAAACACAACCUUGUCGCUUUUGAGAUGGAAGGAGCCGGCGUGUGGGACGAGAUCCCUUGUAUCAUAGUCAAGAGUGUUUGUGACUAUGCAGACAGUCACAAGAAUAAGCAGUGGCAGAACUACGCGGCUGCAACGGCUGCAGCUGCUACCAAAGCCCUGCUCGAGCGCUACCCAAGAACGGACAGAACAAGAUUACCGAAAGUUGCCCUUGUUGAGCGAGGCGAUGCCCAGCUCCUCACGGGCGACAAUCAAGUCAACGCCUGUCGAGACGCAUUAUCCCUCAGAGAGCCAGUCGUUGAUCUGGAAACCCUCAAAAGCAGGAAAGGCCAGAGGACUAAAGGCACCUGCAAAUGGGUCAAGGACAAUGAAAAAUACCAAUCCUGGCUUGGUGGCGACUCGCAAUUUCUUUGGAUUUCCGGUGGCCCUGGCAAGGGGAAAACAAUGCUCUCCAUCUUUCUAACAGAGGAGCUUGAGAAGCAUACCCAAAAAUCAAAAGACACGGAACUUUUGUUCUACUUUUGCGACCAUCAGGACGAAAACCGCAACAGUGCCGUGGCUGUUCUUAGGUCCCUCGUGUGCCAACUGCUCUCCAAGCGCCCACAUUUGAUGAAGAGCAUCUCGAAAUACUUUGAAAGUAGUCAGAAAACACAGACGACGGUAUCUUCUGCGCAAGCUCUCUGGGUUGUAUUUCAAACGCUCCUACAGGCCAACCUCGGCACGGUUCUCUGCGUCAUUGACGGGCUGGACGAAUGUGACGGUGAGAGCACAGGCAUGCUAGUUGGCAAAUUUUGCGACUUUUUUCCGCCAGACAAGUCCAACAAGAUGCUCAAGUUGGCAAUUGUUAGCCGAAAGCUCAAGGGGCUAGAGGCUUUUUGUCAGGUGAAUCUAGACCAUGAUGACGAGGGACAUGUCAGCGACGACAUUACGAAUUUUAUAUCCGCCAAAGUCGAGGAACUUGACAAGGUGGAAGACUUUGGUUGCAUUCGCGAGCAAGUCGAAACCACUCUUCGACAUGGAGCCAACGGCACUUUUCUCUGGGUCAGCCUCGUGAUAAUGGAGCUGUUGAAGAAGACGACAUGUACCGAAAUCUUGGAUUCGCUGGAGGAGUUUCCACCCGGGCUGGACGCAAUGUAUGGCCGGAUGUUACAGAAGAUGAAAAAUAGCCUAGGGCUGGUGGCCUCCAAAAUCUUGCGUUGGGUUGUCAUGGCCACUCGGCCUCUGACAUUGUCAGAAUUAGCAAAGGCUGUCCAAGUCGGACCCUUGGCGAGCCUGAGCGCCGAAAAGGUCAUGAGCGACUACAUCACUUUGUGUGAGCCGAUGCUCAGGGUGCUCAAGGUGGGCGAAGACAAGGAGAUCGUCGACCUUGUCCACCAGUCAGCCAGGGACUACUUACUAAGACCGAUGAUGUCAGGCAAUUACGAAGCACCCGAGGAGUUUCUCAUCAACACUGGUGAAGCUCAUUUUGAACUGCUAGAAGUGUGUCUGGAUUGCAUUGAGGGCAGCGAUCUGCGUAAUGGGCCCGUGUCUGACGCAUUGGACCUGCAGAAGUCGCCUCUCUUGGACUACGCAUUGGAAUGGUGGCCAGAACAUGCAAGACAUUCUUCUGCAUACGGGGAGAAGCACUUGGACCUUUCACGACCCAUGUUCCGCAAGCAAUCUAACUUGCGGACAUAUUGGUGGGUGUCAUAUUGGUGGACACUUGAAACACCUAUGCCCAUAGACUUCAUGCCUUCAGGCCGACUUCCUAACCUACCGUUAUUACACUUGGCUUCCUGUUUCGGGAUCGAGUGGCUGGCUCGAAAAAUCUUGUCGGGCCGCCGCUUUUCGAUACUCUCAAGGGUCCUAAAAAAGGAAGAGGAUGAUUUGGGCAACACUCCGCUUCUCUAUGCCAUCGAUCGGGGGCACGAGCCAUUGGUUCAGCUGCUCCUUGAGAAGGGCUCCAAGGUCAAUGUGAAGUCUAGCAAUAGCCAGAAACCGCUAAUUCGUGCGGUGGACUGUGGAAACGGUACGAUUCUGAAACUGCUACUCGCCAAGAAGGGUAAUGUGGAUGAGAAGGACGAGGAGAGCAGAACGGCGCUACUAAGAGCCGCCUUCUUUGGGUAUGAUACAAAAGCGAAACUGCUUAUUGAACACGGCGCCGAUGUGAAUGCGGUGGACGAGCAUGGCAACACAGCGCUAAUAUUUGCUGCCAACGGUGGUCAUCACGUUAUAGUAAAGCCGCUUAUUGAACACGGCGCCAACGUGAAUGCGGCGGACGAGGAGGGCUUGACAGCGCUAAUUUGCGCUGCCAGCUAUGGUCACGAGGUCACAGCAAAGCUGCUUGUCGAGAAAGGCGCCAAUGUGAAUGCGGCGAAUAAUAAGGGUAACACAGCGCUAAUAUACGCUGCUGAUCGUGGUCAUAACGUUAUAGUAAAGCUGCUUAUUGAGAAAGGCGCUAAUAUGAAUACGGCGAAUAAUAAGGGUCACACAGCGCUAAUAUACGCUGCUAUAAACGGUCACGAGGUCAUAACAACGCUGCUUAUUGAGAAAGGCGCCAAUAUAAAUGCGAGCAAUAAGUAUGGCGGCACAGCGCUAAUAUACGCUGCUAAUUAUGGUCAUAACGUUAUAGCAAAGCUGCUUAUUGAGAAAGGCGCUAAUAUGAAUACGGCGAAUAAUAAGGGUAACACAGCGCUAAUAUGCGCUGCUCGAGAUGGUCAAGACACGUUUGUGGAGUUGCUCCUCAAGAAUGGAGCUUGUAUUAAUGCCAAGAAUGACUACGGCAGGACAGCCCUGAUGCACGCUGUCGCUAACGGGCACGAUACGACCGUCAAGCUGCUGCUCGCUAACGGCGCUGAUGUAAAUGUACAGGAUCAGGUCUCGAGGGAUUUGGCAUUACACCUAGCCGCUGAGUAUGGGCAUGAGAACAUCGUGGAAUUGCUGAAGGCGAGUUUAUCGCAAUAUACUAGUAUAAGUUAG